GAGCAUCGAGUUCGUUCGGAGGAGACGAGAGGAGCGGCAACGUGGCGGCACAUGCAGCAGCGCAGGAGAGGCGCGGUUCCAUUGCCCCGCAGCAGCUGGUUGCAGAGCGGGGAGAUCGCUCGCUGGCGGCGGAUCAUUGCUCUCAUCUGAUUCCGGCCUGAGGGAGGGCCUGUGGGAAGGUGCGCAGCUGGGAUCGGGCGAGUGGAGGCGCGGCGCCAAUUCUUCUAUGCGUGUGCAGAUUUCGCGAGCGACGGGCAUAUCCCGCCAUGGCAGAGGUGCUCAGUGAUUCGAAGGGGCUCAUCCGUCACCGCGGCCCCUUCUCGAGUUUCAAGAUUGAGAUGCUAGCUACUCCAAUUAACAGGAGCGACUUGUGGUUUGAUUGUACGACGCCGUAAAGCACAAGAUAACUACUUCGCUCUAUCGUAACUCCGGUGGUGAAAGCAAGGAACAUUCCGUGGCAUAGCGGUUACAAUUGUGACCAAGAGGUUUCUACCUCUUCUGUUGGUGCAUGUAAACUUGGGAAGGAGUCGAACAUCCACAUAAUUUACGCACUUACGCCGGUUGUGAGCUGAACGUCAAAAUGGGGAGCGCAUGCUCUAGGAGGAGAGAUCAACUAGAAAUUGAGGGACUCGAUUCGCAGUCUGAGGUAUCAGGAGGCUUGAGCAGAAACAUAAGCUUGAGGUGGCCCGUGAAGCAGCCCAGCUUUGGAAAUGAACAGGAAUUGGUACUGAAGGCCGGAGAACACCCGACCCUGUUGGACAUAGCUGUACGGCAUACAUGCCAGAACAUUGGAAGGUAUAGAUCCUUGGCCACUUUGCCGAGAGAUCUCAGCCAACAAGUAUUCAAUGAGCUUGUUCGCCGCCAACAACUCACUGGUCAAAACUUCGUAUUGUUUUCAGAGUGUGCUCUUCAGGAUAUACAUCUUGGAGAUUAUGCCGGAGUGGACGACAGCUGGAUGGAGGUUAUCGGAAAACAAGGGGAGUCUUUGCUAGCGUUGGAUAUUUCAAGUGCACCCAUUUCAGAUGAAGGAUUUUCCUUCAUAAAAGGGUGUUGGAACUUGGAGGCCUUGUGUAUGAAUUACUGUUUGCAGAUAUCUGAUAUCGCAUGCACAACAUUUACAGGUCUAACCAACUUGACAACCCUAAGUUUCCGAAACAGUAAUCUCAUAACGGCUGCUGCAAUGACCCAUCUGUCUGAGCUUGUCAAUCUAACAAGUCUGGAUCUGGAGAAGUGUCCGAAAAUACAUGGAGGUCUUGCUCAUCUGAAGGGGUUGACAAAGCUGAAGAGUCUAAAUGUUGGAUGGUGUAUAAAUAUCAACAAUGCGGACAUAAGGGCAGUGGCAGGUUUCACCGACCUGGAAGAACUGCAGAUUUCUCGGAGCAGAGUGAAUGACAACGGCAUUUUAGCUCUGAGAGGAUUGACGAAACUUCGGACGCUCUGUAUGGAAGGGUGUCCUGUUACUGCGGCAUGCAUGGAUACUCUGGCUGGCCUGAAGUCUUUGUCCACUCUCAACGUCAAACAUUGCCGCGUUACAGAUACAGGUGUGAGGAAAAUGGAAGGACUUGUGAAUUUAAAACACCUGGAUAUGGGAUACACCGAAAUAACAGAUAUUGGUGCUACUUUCCUAAGAGGUUUGAGCAAUCUGGAGUCUUUAAACUUGGAUUCAUGCAAAGUUGGAGAUUUCGGAGUUCAGCACUUCAAAGGUCUUCGUAAUCUUCGUCAGUUGGACCUUUCAGACACUCAGGUCGGCAACUCGGGACUUCAACAUCUUUCAGGUUUGAACAAGCUGGAAAGUCUUAAUCUGUCUUUCACCUCAGUGACGGAUAGUGGACUAAGAAGGAUAUCAGGAAUCACAUCACUCACAUCACUGAACCUCGACUCAAGGCAGAUUACAGACAACGGCCUAAUGGGCCUAACAAGUUUGACGAAUCUGACGAGCUUGGAUAUGUUUGGGGCCCGAAUUACAGACCAAGGCACACCAUAUCUGAAGCAUUUCAAGAGGCUACAGUCUCUGGAGCUAUGCAAUGGAAGUAUUACAGAUGCAGGUGUGAGGAACAUCAAGGACUUAACGUCCCUUACCUCACUGAAUCUUUCCCAGAAUACUCAUUUGACAGACCACGCACUGCAGUUUCUUUCCGGCAUGACCUCAUUAGUGUCAUUGAACGUAAACAACUCGCGUAUCACCAACGCAGGGCUGCAGCACCUACGACACUUGAGCAAUUUGACCUCCCUGGCACUACAUUCGUGCAAAGUCAGCCAAGAUGCAGUAAACAUGCUUCAGUCAUCUUCCUUACCGAACCUAACUGUCAUUCGUCGCUAGUCAACUAAAGAGUGGAGAAGGUGCUUAUUCUUCGGCUUAUUUCAUUCUCUACAAGGGGAGUCACACACUCACAAGCUUACAGAGCAGAGAAGAGAAAACGGAAGCUGGUCAAGGAAAUGGCAGAACCUUUGGCUGAUUCACCGAGAACAGGAGGAUCAUGCGACAGAAAGAGCUUCUUAUGCUGUGCGUUGAUAAGUGGAUGGGACGAGACACCAUCAGCGCUUAGAACAUCCACGUCACUCUUUACACGUCAGGGAGCGAAGACGUCUUUCACGAUGAAACCAGGAUAGACUUACUAUGUACAAAUGCAGCUGCUUAGUGUAAAUUGUGUAGAUCGAUAGAAACAUAAUGUUCAUGGAUUGGAGAUCUCGACAGAGCCAUUAUUGCUGAUGGCUCAUUGUAAUCUAAUUGGAAUUUAAUCCGGUGAUACCUCCCGACCGACCGAGAGCACAGCGAGAGAGAGAGAGAGUAUAGGACCAGUAACAACUGUAAAUAUCACUUGUUCUGUUCGAUACCCCCACCUGUCUUAGAGGUGAUAUAGAUAGAUCGAUACGGCACCACCAGCACAAGGAUCAGAGUCUCGCAUGUUGUCCACUUAAUAAUAUCACGUCUGGCGUUAGCCUGGAUCUU